AUGGGGUCGACGGUCAACGGUCCGCCUCAGCAGCCGAGUUUGGCAUGGCGCACCACUUCAUCCAUACUCAUGGGCUUGUCUGUCGCGGUAUCGAAAGGGUUUCUCUAUGGCCUGAACAAGGUAGAGACCAUAGGCCUGGAGAGGUUUGUUGAGCUGCUCGAUCAGAGGAAAGAUGUCCAGAAGCGCACAAAAGGCUUGAUAACCGUGAGCAAUCACAUUUCCAUGGCUGACUUGAUGCGUUACGUACCUCGCUUCAGUAUAGAUGAUCCUCUCAUAUGGGGUGUUUUGCCCCUGAAAUACUCUUUUAAUCACAGCAACCUGCGGUGGUCGCUCGCCGCUCACGACAUUUGCUUUCAAAACCCUGUCCUGACCACCUUCUUCAACCUCGGGAAAACCCUCCCGACCUACCGGUUCAAGCACUCACCAUACGGCGGUCUGUUUCAACCCACAAUGUCCGACGCCAUCCGCCUCCUCUCGUCGGAGCAGCACGGCCUCAAGUACCUCACCCCACCACCAUCAGCAAGCGGCGACCACCCCGCCCAAAGUCGCCUCCAGUACCCGCCAGCGCCCUCGGACCCGGCACCCGCUGCGCCGUCGUACCGCCCCUGGGACCGCCACGGCUGGGUGCACAUCUUCCCCGAGGCGUGCGUGCACCAGCACCCGGAGCGCGCCCUGCGGUACUUCAAGUGGGGCGUGGCCCGCCUCGUGCUCGAGAGCGGGCCCGAGCCGCCCGACGUCGUGCCCAUGUUCAUCGACGGCACCGACUGCGUCAUGUCAGAGGACAGAGGGUUCCCGCGCUUCCUGCCCCGCAUCGGCAGGCGCGUCCGCGUCGUGUUUGGCGAGCCCCUGGACUUUGACCUGGCCUUUGGCGACCUCAAGCGCAAGUGGGACGCCCUCGUCGCCUCGGCCGCCGCCGCCGCAGCCUCUCGCGCCGCUCCGUCCCGCUGGGCCGUGGCCUUCCCCGCCGAGACCGUCGACCUCGAGCAUGGCGACGAGGCCCGCGCCAUCAGGAUCGAGGUCACCAAGAGGAUACGCGAUGAGGUACUCAAGCUCCGCCGCGGUCUCGGAUAUCCCGACCAAGAUCCCGGCAUGGGCUCGGCCGAGACGUGGGCCAGAGAGCCGGGCGUUGGCUAUACUUACAAAAGUCAUGUGGACGGGAGCAAGGUCAAUGAGAAGCUGUGA